UAUUUUUUCAAACACACAUAAUUAAUCUUACCAAGAAAUUUAAAACAAUGUAGUCGAUUUCUAAAGGCUUUUACUAAUUUACUUGUAAUUAGGUAAUUGAAUGAAUAUGUUGCCGUGGAUACCGAACGUUACUUUCAUCAACAACCAAAGGUUCAACAUUCCACCAUCAUCGUUUGUCUUGUCUUCAUCGAUGAAGCUGAAGAAAUUUCAUUUUCAACUUACAUGUGCUACCAAUUCUGGAUCCGCAAUCCCGGAACUGCUGCAAUUAUAAAACGGCGUCGGUAGUUUAUCUCUGCUCUCUAGAUUUGUUAAUUUGUCGCGAUGAAGCGUCCAAUUUCGGGGGAUAAAAUUAACGAAGUAGACAAUACAAUCGGAAGCGGCGAGGAUCUGAAACAGACGAAGAAGACCAAAAUCGACGGCGGCGGGGUGUCGGAGGAGGCGCAAGAUGUGAUGAUGGACGAGAACUUGUUGUAUGAGGUGCUGAACCGCGCCGACGCGCGGACGUUGGCGACGGCGGCGUGCGUUAGUAAGCUGUGGAAUCGGGCGGCGCAGGACGAGCGGAUCUGGGAGCUGAUGUGCAUCAAGGACGGAUCUCACAGCCAGCAGCAACAGCAGAAGCUCCGGGAGGUGGUUGUCCCUCUCGGCGGCUUCCGGCGGCUGUACUCGCUCCACCUCGGGCCGCUCGUCAAGCUGUCAUCAACUCCUUUAACUUCUUCGACCUCCACCUGGCCCUGCCUACGCGUGCCGCCGCAUCCGGUUCCGGCGAAAUCUGCCCCCAAGGGAAGGCGAUUAGGUAAGGAUGAAAUGAAUCUAUCGCUAUCUCUCCUCUCCAUCCGGUACUUCGCGAACAUGAAAUAGGUUCGUUUACUGGAUAGUUUUUCCCUGUAAUCUAUUACGGAGUAUCUCAUUAUACACACCGCACGAUUUGGAUUGCUUGGUAAUGUAAGAACUCAAUGUGACUCUAUGACCAUUCGAUUUACUCCGUACUUCCAUCUAAAAAUAGUAGUGGAAUCAAAAGGAUAUUGUGCAUUUGUGCUUUGUAUAUACUCUCUAUCUCUCUAAAAUAGAACUAUACCUGUAUUUUUUGGACUGGA